AUGGAUUCCAUGGUCACCAAGUUGGAAAAACUAUAUGAAGAACGUCUGAGUAAGUGCGACACUAAAACACUAGAGGACACGAUAAGUGAACUUCGGGUCCAACUUAAUGAGAGAGAUCAGGACCUCCUAGCCAAUGAUCUGGAGAUAUCGGGGUUACCAGAGCAAAAAGGUGAAAACCCUAUCAAUACCGUGGUGCUAUGCGCUAAAAAGAUAGGUCUCGAUAUUGAUCACCGCGAGAUAGUUCAUGCCGAGCGUGCUGGUAUUUUGCGUACAUCUUAUAACAAUAGCGCUCAAAAACUCAUGUCUACUGGACUCCGCAAGAUUGUGGUGGGAAUGAGUCGGCGUGCGGUUCGGGACGAGUUCCUACGUUAUGCGCGGGUGCGACGCAACAUAACGAGUGAUUCACUGGGAUUUACAUUAAUGAGCGGCUUACUCCUCUUAAUAGAAAAUUGUUUGGGAAGACACGUGAGGCAGCAAAAAAGGCAGGUUGGCGCUACACCAGGACAAAGGGUGGAAGAUGGAAAGCCCGUAACACGUAUCCGAUCCGAUAUAGACCUAAGUCGUGUUUUCUGCUUACUCAGAGUUGGUUGUAUAUAG